AUGCUCUCAGCACGACCAGGUUUCCUGGCAAUAUGCCCGCCAUCGGAUUCAUCAGCAUAUACCAGCUUCAGCGGCGAUCAGGGCCUUCGAUCUCCACGUACACCGACAUAUAUCCCUGAAUCCAUGGCGGUCACCUCAUCCACACCCUAUGAUCACACAAAAGCUCUGGAUGAGAACUCAUCCAUACAUUCCGACAAUACCCGCAUGUCUCUGCCACCUACUCCAGAUCAACCCUUAGCAUGGAUCUGGGUCUGCCACCUCUGCCAUUCGCGGUACCCACUCGGCGUCACCCGUCGCUGUCUCGUUGAUGGACACUAUUACUGUUCCGGCGAGGCGAACCAGCCGAAUCUGCGUAAGAAAAAGAAAAGGCAAAGCUGCACCAGUGAAUUCGACUAUGUCGCGUGGCGGGAAUGGGGCGAGUGGAAGAAGAAGGCGGCGAAGAUCCUCAAGAGUUCUCGACUGGGCCGCGGCGGUGGGAGUGGAAGUGGGUGUGAAAACUGCGUGUAUCCCAGCCAAUGUCGAUACCCUCCCGAAGUCAAGGAUCAAGUGGAGAAACCAGCUCAGCCAAAGACCACGGCUGGAACAACUGUCACCAUCUCAUCUAGUCCAGAAGUAACGCCCCCGACCACGAUUCAAGCAACGCCGCAACGAGAAAAGAAUGAAGAGAAGGUAUUUCAGUCCACAUCAAACGAGAAUGUCAGCUUCGACCAGAUCCUACACGGGAUAUUUACCGACGAAAAGACCGCCAUGAAGAUCGAUUCAGCGAAGAAAGAAGCCAUCAUCAAAAAGAAAGGUAAUGGCAGUGGAAAGCGCAAGAAUCCCCAGCAUCAACUCGCGUAUGAAGAGGAAAUGGCGAACGAGGCGGCCAGGCUCAAGGAGUUGGUGGGUGUGGAGUUGUGGAAUAAUCUUGAGGAUAUAGACCUGGGCAAUUUGAAGAGGAAGGUCGAUUGA